AACGAACGAAGGGAUUGAGUCGGUGCGGCGCGCGCGGGAAGAGAGCAAAUUUAGUGGUCGAUAAGACGAUUCUUACACAUUUCCGACCGAAUUCUCCAGUGCACAAGGAUUAGCCCCAUCGUAUUAUCGCUUCCCCAGUGCAGCAAUCCAGCAGCUGGUGAGAACAAUCCUGGUGCGUUUCGUUUGUUUCGAUCCGUGAAAAAGUGUCAGCAGCGUCUCGAUUCGGAGCGGAUUCACAGUGUUCUUCAUAGAGGUGUAAAAUAUAAAUUAUAAAAAAUGUCGUUCGCCGAAAGAUUAGCGGGAUUGAUGGCCCGCCCCAACCAGGAUAAUAUACCGCGGGAUGAUGUGCCGUGGCAUCUGAAGUAUGGUGGACGUGCGGCUGGCAUCGUCGGUGGAUUCUUUGCCGUUCUUUUCGGGCUGUACAAUUGCAUCGGCAUCCUGCUCGGUGACGUCGGAUGCCUCGUCGGUGGCAUCCUCCAGAUACUGGCCGGGUUCAUAGUGCUGGCGAUAGAAGCACCGUUUUGCUUCAUCUUUAUCGAUUUCGUACAGCAGGCAGCCGAAAAGGCGGACCAGAGGCCAUACUGGAACCGCGCUGCACUCUACUGCUUGAUUGCAAUUCCACCAGUUAUCAUGUGCUUGGGGCUUGGCAGUCUCUUCGGCUGUGGUCUUAUCUUUAUCACUGGCAUGCUGUACGGAAUGAUGGCGCUUGGCAAAAAAGCGUCGUUAGACAGCAUGCGAGCGGCGGCAGCAGCAGCAUCGGCGGGAACCAGCUCGUCCGCUGAGCAGCGGGGCGGUGGAAUGGCAUCCACUGGCGGACUGGGCGGUGGUCCCACCACCAAACAGAACUCGACACUGGUCAACAAUGUGCAACCGAUCGCGUUCAGUUCGCCACCACCGUACGAUAGUGUAGCAUAAGUGCGCAAGGCAUACACACCACAACCAAGCAAGCAAGUGAAAUUGUUAUAAAAGCCGCAGCCUAAUUCCUAAUUCCUGCGAGGAAACGCUUUAACGGAUACCCCGAUUCAUCAGACUAGAAGCAACCGCCAGAGACGAGGACCGAAAAACUGUUAUUAAGCAAAAAGCAAGUCGGUGUGAGAAUGGUCAAACACGUAUUUUACGUCCUCCCGCAUGAUUUGCUCGUCCCCUCGUUCGUCGGUCGCAAAAACCUGCACCCAGCAACGUACUUUUUUGAAAUUAUUUACAACACUGUGAUUGUAAGUUAAAAAGUGGUUUCCAGUCUCUCCGCGCCGAGUGGUGGUGAUUUCAUAUCACGCAUAGCAUCCGAUGUAAACACUUAAGUUAAUAUAUUUGUUACUACAACAAAUAUGUCGUUUGCUUAUGAAUUAUUGUAACGAAUUUGGUUCAAUCCCAACAAAUCUUGUCCCAUUAAAUUGACUGAUCUUGACUUGAUCUUCGACGAUUAACCUUUUCAAUCGUUUACAUUAAGAACACCCGUGUAACUGUUAUAUUUCUUCUCGCGCCGUGUAUAUAAAUUGUACAAAACAAAGGCACACCGGAUGUAGGAGAAGGAAGGGAGUACACAGGCUGUCCAAGCAAAAACACUAGCCUCUCCGUUUAUGUCGCCAGCCUUUUGCUCGUCUGCUUGUCAUCGGUUCAUUAGUACGGUUGCAAAUGGAAGGAAAUCAUGAGUUUAUCACACGUCGAUGCUUUGGUAGAAUGUGAUAAUUACUGUGUUGCUUACCCGUUUGAAGUCUGAUCUUUUGUUUUAGUAAACAUUCCAGCGUUCGAUUCAAGUUUUUAAUUAAAUUCAAUCUUCUAGGAACUCUAGAAGUUCGAUUCUAGAUAUUGUAGUUUGAUGAGCAAUCAGCCAGAGAGAAGAGGAUGCCCAGGAGAAGGGCCACCGAGGAAGGUUGGGGUUGGCAAUCGAAUUUAGUUGAGCGUUUCAGCGUUUCGAAUACAAUCAUCAGCGAACUGAUUGGGCCCCGCCUGUCUGCUUUGCGGAAUGGACGCGAGAUGGCCUAAAACAAUUCGACAGUAAUAAAAACAAAACACCAGUAGAAAAGAGACGAGUAACAAGUAACGCAUGUUUUCCCAAAGGCGAGACUAGAUGUUUCAAAAGUUGCAAAAAAUCACAUAUCCCGAAACCGAGAACCAAUUGGAACUUCUUCGUCUGGAACAUCUACUCGCACUGCAAGUGCGCACUCUUUUCUGCUCUGGGUUAUCCGAGGCGUAUCUGGGUCAUCCCUGAACAAAACUCGGUCAUUGCUCACUCACACAACACACACCGGGGGUCUGUCUUAAUAGGGUAGCUGGAUCCAUCGAAAGAGAAGCCUAUGAACACUAACUAAAGCCAUUCCCCCGCGUCACGGUGGCGAUCGGACAGCUAGAAGAAGUAAAAGUAAGAGGAAUAAAUCCUAAAGUAAAGCAUAUAAGCAAAGCUAAGACGGAGAAGAGCAAAACCAAACAACAACAAAUGGGAAAAACAAACUGGCAAGUGGCAGCAGGUUCAGCGAAGCAAAUUGGUCUAAAUGCGUAUUAGAUGUGUGUAAAAGCGUUCAAUGAAAGUGUAAUAGUUAAAUGAAUAAAAGAAAACAAAACACAGUUGAAAAGUAGAGGAAAUCGAUCAACCGCAGACAUAAAUUAUCGACAGAAGGACGACACAAGCGCCCCAAUCUGUGGGAUAAUACGGCCGGGGAGCAGCAUGAAACCCAGAAACACGCGCACAUUCAAAUGGGUGGUGGUGUUUGUUGUUGGGGAUUAAGGUGGUGUUGUUCAGUUCACAUGUCCUCCACUCCGAUAACGAGAACAAUGCAUUAUGUAAAAAUACCAUAUUUACAUGAUAAAUAUAUAUUUAUUGUGUACUAUAUAAGAAAACGUAGCGAAACGGAGCGAAACGAUGGAUAAAACUGGAAGAAUAAACGUAGGAAACAAAAGAAGUAGUGAAAUAAAAAGAUAAAUAUCGUCAUAAUGAGAGCAGAAAAUAAAGGAAUAAGAAUA